CUAAAAUUGACGUCUCAAAAUUACUCGAUCGCCGACUCCCAGUGCCUUUAUAUUUUUUUUCCUAUCAACGUGUGUAUAUGUUUAUUGAGUGGUUUCUACCAGAGAUUUGAUGAAAAUUAUAUUUAUUAGCUUCAGUGCUGUAUUAUGCAAUGCUCAACGAACUAUUCUGAAAUAUGCGUAUAUUCGAAAUUCCACGAGCCUGAUCGCUAAAUUAAGUGCUUCAUUUGAGAGUGUUACCCAAGUGUUUCCUGUUUCAUUCUAGAAGAAAAGUUAACAAAUACACACGUUGUAGCUUGGAAUAAGAAACUGAUGCAUAAUAUAUAUCCUCUUGCUAGGGGUGAUCCCCUAUGCCCCUUAGGAUUCCACCCUCAAGUUAGAUGGCCAACCAGAUGCAAACGAUGUUUCAGGGAUUAUAAAGAGCAUGGCGGUAAAAAAAGAGAUGAGACAAGCUUAAGACGAGAUAAAUCUACCGCUUCCACUCCUAGUUUGUCUUUAAAUUUGAGUGAUGGUAGUACCAAAAGGAGUUGGAUGUCGAGCACAAAUUUAGCUGUAGAAAACAAUAAGUCGGGAAACAAAAGCGAUAGUGAAUUUUCAAAUCCAUCUUCUUGGAUUUCCACUCCUGAUUUGGCGAAUCUUCAAGAUGACACGCAAGCAGUUCCAACUGUCAGUAUUAGAUUACCAAGAAGAAAGCCAAAAGCUAUAGAUACAGGUCAAAGGACGGUUUCAGAUAGUUUUUCAGUCAUUAAAGAGAAUAAAUCAUCAUUAUAUGAUAAAAACGAUAGCCUAGCCAUGAGAGCAAAGAAACUUCAAGCCAUAAAAGAAAAUUCAGAUAAGGGAUCAAGAAGAAUACACGUUAAAGAAGUCAAAACAAUAUCGGAGGAACCAAAUAAUCAUGAUGUACAAUUUCUUAUCCAAGUCAAACGGAAUUCUAAGUCAGAUGAAGGAUCAUUUGAUAGUUCAGGCUCUAGUUCAGAUCAUGAUGACACCAUAAGUAAUGCUGGCACAGAAACCACUGAUACAACUUUAGUCGGAGCUGACUUCGAGCUUAAUGAGCAACUAGAAAGCCUCAGAAAAGAGCUGGACAUGACUAAAGCUAAAUGUGAACGAUUAGAGCGAGAUAAAAGUGACUUUUUACUUAGAAGACUGGCAGCAAUGGAAACAACUACAAGCAAAACCACAGCUACGGAGGUACUAAAACUACAACAAAAAUGUAACGAAUUGCAACAGCAAAUGGAAGAUCUUAAAGAUGAUAAACGUAGCUUAACAUUGAGAGUUAAGGAACUUGAAGCUGAUUUGGAUCUUAGACCAACUGUUCAAGAAGCUCAAAAAAUAGCGGACGAACUUAGAUCGAAAUUAUUAGCAGCUGAAACUGUGUGUGAAGAAUUAAUGGAUGAAAAUGAAGACAUAAAGAAGGAACUUAGAGAUAUGGAGGAGCAGAUUGAUGAAAUGCAAGAUAAUUUUAGGGAAGAUCAAGCAGUAGAAUAUACGUCUAUAAAAAAGGAGUUAGACCAAACAACUAAAAAUUGUCGAAUACUCUCAUUUAAACUUCGAAAAGCUGAACGCAAAGUUGAACAGCUGGAAAAUGAAAAAACCGAAAUGGAAAAAAAGAUUAGCGAGGUUUCUGGUAGUGGCACUCUUUCGCAUUUGGAAAGAAUUAGACAAUUGGAACAAGACUCGAAAGUGUCUUAUGAAGUAUCCCUGAGGCUACAAAAGGAGUUGGAAGAAUCUAAUAGAAAAUUAGCAGAAAGUACUAAAAUAGCAUCUACUACAAAGAAAGCACCGCCUCUCGGUUCGGCAGGGAAAAGUCCUUCCAGUGAAGGGCAAAAAGUAUCGCGGGAAUCCCUAACAAGAGGAGGUUCACAGGAUGAUCCGGCUCAAUUGCUGAGGGAUCUACAAGAUUCCCUCGAACGAGAAGCUGAUUUAAGAGAGCAGCUGAAAUUUGCUGAAGAAGAGGCAGAAAAUUUACGCAAGAAGGUAUCACGGAUUGAAGACGAUAACGAAUCUUUAGUUUUGCAGCUGAAAAAAAUGGCUACCCGAGCAAGAAGUAGAAAACCGAGUCCAACUAAUCAAAGGUUGAAUCUUGAUCCACAAGAAAACAAGAAAUCAGAAGAUGAAAAUCCUGAAGAACUGAAGUUGCAUUUGGAACUUAGCGAGCAAGAAGCUUCGGUUCUUCGGAAGAAAGUUGAAGAACUUGAAGCCGAUAACAGAAGAUUAAAAAUUAAGACCAAGGAUCUUCAAGAAAAGCUUUCUUUGAAGGGACCAGUAACCAAAACGUUGCUCAGUAGCGACAAAGGAAAUUCAGUUGACGGCCAGAAAGUUAAGGUUUUAGAAGAUGAGAAUAAUGAACUACGCAAAAAAAUAAUUGAAAAGGAUAGAGAUUGUGAAAGGCUUCAUGCUGAAUUGGCAUUAAAUCAAAAGCGGCCCAAAAGUGUUCAAAAAUCAAAGUCAUCAGAUCUUGAUCAACGAGCAAUAGAUCUCAAAAAGCAGCUGCAAGUAAUCGAACAAGAAGCGUCCGUAUUGCGAACAAAAGUUCAAACGUUAGAAAAUGAAAACGAAAAAUUAACUGCUGAAAACAAAAAGUUAAGUUUACUUAGGGAUACUAAAGCAAAUAAAAAUAUUGACAAAGAUAUGGAUCACCUAGCAACUUUGGAAGUUGAACUGAAAGAUGCUAAAAAUAGAAUUAAAGAAUUAGAAAGUUCUCUUGUUCCAAAUUCAACAAACAAAAAUAAAUUUGAUUUUAUGAAAUUUUAUAACAGGGUGCCCAAAAAAGUAUCAGCAUUAACGUCACGAGACGCACUGAAGACAAUGGUUAGUGAUUUAGAAAAAGAAAUUAGCGAAAUAGUAUAUUAUAUGAAGACAAGUGAAAAUGAAAAAAAACAAUUGGAAGAAGAAUUAAAAAAAUCUAAAUUUAGUGCAGAAUUGGAGAAUGCCUUGAAAGAACUUGAAGAAGUUAAUAGUAAAUUUGAAUUAACAAAGAAAGAACUUGACGAAGAAAACGAUAGGCGCACCAGAAUGUCCCAAAAGAAUGACGAACUCUGUUCCGAAAUGAAUAAGAUUCGUGAAUCUUUGGAGAAAGCAUCCAAUGAGAAAAAAAAAUUGAAAGAACAAGUAGAUAAAAUUAAUAAAGAUCGAAAAAAAAUAUUGGAUGAAAAAAAAGUGGUAGAUGAUAAAGUUUUGAAUCUACAAAAUCAGAUACACGACUUAGAAUCCACAAAAGAUGAAUUGCAAGCAUUAAACAAAAAAGUUACUUUACUGACCUCUUCUAUCGAAGAAAAAGAUGUGGAAUUAAAGAAAUUAAGGAAAAAUUCUGAAGAACUUACCAGAUUGACAACUGAGAAUACUUUUAAGGAUAGAAAAAUAUCAGAUUUGGAAAGUAGGUUAAUUAAAUUUGAAGACAAAUAUAGUGAAUCAGAUCAGAAACUGAGAGAACAGAGCAAAGAGUUUGAUAGUAAACUCGAGAAAGAAAAGCAUAAGAUAAAGUUACUAGAGGAAGUUCAAAACAAAUUAGAAGACGAGAAGAAAAAAUUAAUUUAUCAAAUAGAGAAUUUAAACACAAGAAUUAAAGGUUUUGAGAACACCUUAGACCAAAAAGACAAACACGUUAAGCAACUCGAAGAAAGUUUGGCGCGUGAAAGAGAAGUUAUUUCAACAACCAAUCUAAAAAUUGGAGAACUAGAAGGAAGAGAAAUAAGCAAACUGAAAGAUGAUCUAAGCAAAAAGGCGGUGAUACUUUCCGAGCUAGAAUCUAAAUUGGAACUCUCAAACAAAAACCAAAAGAAUUUGGAGGACAAAAUUAAAAAGGCAGAAUUAGAAAAGAAAAAUACUAAACUUGAUCAAGAAAAGAAAAUUAAAGAAUUAGAAAUUGAUUUACAAAAUGAAAAGAAAAAAAAUGAUGUUUUGAAAGCCAAUGCAGAGAAGGAACAGAAAAAUCGCGAAUUGGAAUUGACGACUUUAAAAACCAAAAUCAAGAAGCUCGAAAUGGGUUCUAGUGGUGGAAUCGUACGAGAAUUAGAGUUGAAACAUUUCCAAGAAUCUGUUGAAAAAUUGGAAAAGACCAUUAGCAGAGAAAGGCAAAAAUAUGACGAUUUGACUGCAAAAUAUGAAAUAUUAGAAGAAGAGCACGUAGUAACUAAAGCAAAAUUAGUCAUGGAAAAGGAGACUCUGGAAAAGCAAUUCAAAAACUUGAAAAAUGAACAAGACCAGGUAGAAUCUGAGCUAAGAACCCUCAGAGAAACAUAUAAUACCAAACACGAUACAUGGAUAAAAGAAAGAUUAGAUAUGGAACAGAAGAUCAAAGACAUAUCCAAAGUAAACUACAAUGGAGGUGAUAUUGAUAAACAAAGAUUAAAAGCAUUAUUUGAAGAGAAACAAUCUGAAGUAGAUCAAAUUAAAAAAGAGUAUGAUCUCAUUCAUGGGCAAAUGGAAUAUAUUAGAAAGGAAAAUGAUGACUUAAAGCGAAAAUUAGAUGAUUAUGAGAAAGUUAAUAAAGCACAAAGAAAUAUUAGUGCUGAUUCAUCAGCGAUGGAAAAUGAAAUUAGACAACUUAGAAUUAAACUGAAUAAUGCAGAAAAAGCGAGAAAGGCUGACGUAGCAGAAUGCAAAAUGCGGUACGAUGGUCAACUAAAUGCUGUCAAUCAAGAAUUACAAUCAUUGCAAAAUCAAGUUUCAAGAUUCAAACGCGAGCGUGACAACUAUAAACACAUGUUGGAAACAGCGCAAAAAACUAUGGGAGAACUUAGGCAAUCACCACAAAUAAAUAAAGACAGAACUCCAAAGGAAAAACUACAUUACGAUGAGCUUGAAGAAUCCAAGAGUAAAGUAGCCACUCUCGAACAACAAAUAAGUUGCAUGGAAGACGAACUGUCGGAAGCCCGUUUGGAAAGUUCAAGACUAAAAACCGAACUUAUAUCUGAAAAAUCAUCUUGGGAGAUCCGCCUUUCUGAGCUACAUUCUAAAGUAAAUGAAUUAGAAGAAGAAAAAGUGCUUAAUAGUGGAAGAACGAAGAUUAUGGGAUUGAGAACCAGAAUGGAAUUAGCCUGGCAGAAAGAGCGAGAAGAGCAACAGAGAUUGCUUCAAGAAACUGCUACGCUUGCUAGAGACUUGAGGCAAACAUUGUUCGAAGUAGAACGAGAACGAGAUAAAGAACGUUUAGAAGGCAAGAGAAAGCAAGAUCAAUUCAAGAAGUCCGCAGAAGACGAACAAGAAGAAAACAAGCGCAAAAUUACUGAGCUUCAGUGUGAUCUUCUAGAACUGAGAGACGCUCAUGCAAAGCUUAGAACUACUAAUGAAAAGCUUAGAAGAGAAAAAGAACGUUUUGAAAAAGAGCGAGAAGAGUUUAGAGUCAUAAAAAUGGAUCGUCGAAGGACUGACCAUGAUGACGAUAGGAAAGUCGAAGGAAUAAUCGAGCAAGUGGAUAACCUUAAGCAACUAGCACCAGAAUUAUUUUUCUCUAAAGAACAAGAAGCUCCCUAUACCCCAACUCCUCCUAGACGAACCAAAUCAAAAUCUAGAGAAUCAUCUCCAGCAAUUGGCUCGCGAGAAAGUUCUCUAAGCCCAGAGGAUAAGCAGCAGCAAAUUCAGAGAAUUAUGCAACGAUUAGUUCAUACUACAGAAGAUUUGAGGAAAAUACAAAAAAUCCAUGAAAAUGAGGAUGAAAGAGAACGUCUGAGGAGAAUGGGAAUGCGCAGAGCAACAUCUACCGAAGCAGAAAAUGUCGGAAGCCUAAGAUAUGGCAAAGCAAUCGUAAGGCAGCAAACAAUAGAUCGCCAAGGUAGUCUGCAACGCAAGAGUUUAUCCUUAGAACACAAUAUACAAGCGGAACAAAAAAUAUGGCAAAAUACUAAUAACGAUAGUCUUUCAAGUCUUCAGUCAAUUGAGUCCGAUGUUGAUAAGAGAGGGAAGAGAGAUUCCAGUAUGGAUAGUCGACUCUCUGGAGGAUCUACGCAAAGCGACAUUGGAGAGAAGAAGAAGAAGAAAGGCAUCAUGGGCAAAUUGAAGAAGCUUACGAAAUCUAGAAGCAUUGAUGAUCAAGAUCCUGGUUUAUUUUUUGCACCCAGGAGCAUUGGACAGAAGAGCGAUUCCAAAAAUAACUCAAACUCUGAUGUAAACGAAGAGAGGGGAAGUAAAAGAGAUCUAAAAGAUCGUAUAACUGGAAUGUUUAAAAGAAGUGGUUCAUCCUCUAGAAGUAAUAGCGUCGAAAGAAAACAUGAAACCAGCUCUACCCAGAGACCAUUAGUGAGAAAUGGCAGUAAUGCUAAUAUAAAUCCAUCAGGAAUUAGUUAAUAUCUGGACAUACCAACCUAAAAAAAUUAUAUUCUUGGUAAAGUCUAAAAAAGGGUUUAUUGUUCUAAUAUUUAGAGUAGAAUGGUUAUUUUAAAAAAUUGACUUCCAUUUUUUAUUGAUGUUAGAAAUGUAUUAAAUAUGUAUGUUAGGAUAUAGGUGUACUUAAUGUAGGUGUGCAUGUGAAAACUCUUUUUCUAAGUUGAUGGUAUAAAUGCCAGUACUUUUGUUCUCAGCUUUCGAAUUGGACAGCCGUUAAAAAGUGGUUUGAAUGUGCUCCAACCAAACCACAUCAUACUUACAGACCUUGGCCCAUGCAAAACCUUGUUAAAUUUAACGAGGUGUUAAAUUUGUUAAUCGAGAUCAAAAGUAUGGGCCCUGAGUAAAUUAAAUGUUACAUUAAUUCCCGAUUCAUAUAGUUUGAAAUAUAUGUAAGCAAUAAUUAUUGAAUAUACAUUUAGGAAAACAAAAAAUAGUUUCAAUUUAAUAUUAAUUUAUUCUAUUAAUUGUCAUUACAAAAAUAGCAUUGUUAAGAUGCCUAAAAUAAUACAAUGAAAAAAAAACAGCUUGGAAGACAGUAAAAAACAAAAUUAUUAUUUUAUAGCCUUAACAUGUCAUUAGGCUAAUUUAGGCGACAAUUUUUCCUUUCUUCGUUACUGCGAAAUAUGAUACAAAUAAAGAUGCAAUGACAGCAAUAAAUUCACUUCUCAACCAAGGGCCGCUGUAAGCUCCUGGGUGCACAACAGAUAUAUUGAAGAAUUCAGAUACAGAUGAGGUAGCUUCGUUACCCCUGAGUACUUUACGGAGUGCAGCAUAGCCGUCUUCUUCAAAAAUGCGGAUUUUGUGUGUGCCUUUAGCAGCUGUUUUGGUGUCUUCAGUCCAGCUA